UUGGGCUCGGUUCGAGGAAAAUACGACUGAGGGUCACUGUCUGUCUUGCUGUGGUUGCAGAGAGGUGUCGGUUUUAUAGAAGCAAUGUUCCGCUGAUGAGUUUUUGAUCCAGAAAAGCAGAAUCUGUAAAUAACUUUCUAACUUUACCGAGGAACCGCACAGUCCGAUCAAAGUUUCGCUUUAAGUCUUUCUGUGGCGCAGCAGGAGAUGAAGCUCCCAGUGCUGAUUUAUUAAAUCAGUAUGAAUAGAAAUUUAGCGUUUAGUAAAUUAAUUUUACUUAAUUCAUUAUAAAACUCGGGCAGAUAAUGAUUUGAUAUCAUUUCAAAGUCAUCCUUAAUCAAGCUCAGAUAAAUCAGGCCUGUACAAUAUGGCAUCUGCAGGUGAUGAAGCUGAAGAUGAUGUCAGAACCCAGCAGCGCAGAAACAGCCCAGGCCUUGACCCGCCAGACUUCUCAGAGCUUCGGGUUGUUCUGCUGGGGAACAGCUGGUCAGAGAGGAGAUCUGUGGGGAACUUCAUACUGAAAGAGAAAAGGUUCAUCACUGAAAAAGCUACUGGCCAGUGUGAGAAAUUUAUUACAGAGUUUGAGGAGAAGACAGUAACCAUCAUCAACACCCCAGACCUCCUGCAAGCCAACGUGUCUGCAGACAAACUCAAUGAGCAUGUGGAGACCUGUGUGAGAUUCUCUUAUCCCGGACCUCAUGUGUUCCUGCUGGUUCUACAGCCUGAAAACUUCACUGAAGAACAAAAACUGAGACUCUGUGGGUUCCUGACACGUCUUAGUGAUCGAUGGUUUGAUCAUUCAAUGGUUCUGAUUUCCACACUCAGAGAGAGGAGUGAAGCUGAUGAUUCACCUGACCUACUCUUAAAAGAGAUGAUUGUUAAAUGUCAGUACAGACACUUGAAGCUGAAGAACAUUGAUCAUCUUGAGCUGUUAAAAUGUUUAGGUCAAAUUAUAAAAGAGAACAAUGGAUAUUUGAGCUGUGAUGUAUUUAAGGAUGCAGAACAAAGACUAACUGAAGAAGAUGUCAAACAAGAGGAAGCCAGUUUGGUUUUCAGUCCCACACAAGACAACGCAGAUGGACUCAGGAUUGUGAUAUUUGGAAAAAGUGAGUACAAGAAGAACUCUCUCUGCAACUUCAUCAUGAAGAAAAAGCAAAUUCGGUUGUUUAAACGUAACCCUUCCAAGCACAGCGUGGUGUCUUCUGGAGCAUGGGGAGGAGAGCCCCUGAAGGUUGUAAAAUCUCCUGACAUCUUCAGUCUCUCAGUGGAAACUUUAAUAGAAAAACUGCAGAGUUGUAUGACGCUUUGUCUUCCUGGACCAAAUGUUCUGCUGCUGUUAGUGAAGCCUUCAGAGUUCACUGAGAAGAACAGAAAAACACUGAAGUUUGUUUUGAGCUUGUUUCAUCAAGAUGCCUUCAAGUAUGCCAUGGUCGUCACAACACAUGAACAUGAAAUGAGUCCCUCUGUUAAUGAACUUCUGAAAGAAUGUGCUGGAAGAUACUACAGCAUGUUUAGAGAAGAUCAUAACAUAUUAAUGCAGGAGAUCGAGAACAUUUUGGAUAGAAAUGGAGGAACAUUCCUCACCUUCAGAGAUGAGAUCAGCAGACCCCAACGUAAACAGAUGAAACCUCCUCUAAACCUGGUUCUGUUUGGGAGGAGAGGAGCAGGGAAGACCUUAGCAGCCAAGGUCAUUCUAGGUCAGACAGAGCUUCAUUCAGCCUCCAACUCAUCAAAGUGUGUUAGAAACCAGGGGCAGGUGUGUGGACGUUGGGUUUCUCUGGUGGAGCUGCCUGCCUUGUAUGGAGAAGCUCAGCAGAAGGUGAUGGAGAAAUCAUUCAGGUGUAUCUCCCUCUGUGAUCCUGAGGGUGUCCACGCCUUCAUCCUGGUCUUACCUUUGGGUCCUCUCACCGAUGAAGACAAGGGAGAGCUACAGACCAUCCAGGACACCUUCAGCUCUCGGGUCAAUGACUUCACCAUGGUUCUGUUCACUGUGGAGUCAGAUCCUAAACAUCCGGCUGUUGUUAACUUUGUAAGCCGAGACAGAGACAUCCAGAAGCUCUGUCAGAGCUUUGGAGAAAGAUAUGUUGUUGUCAACAUGAAGGAUAGGCAGCAGAUCCCAGAACUGCUGGAGAAGGUGGAUAGAUCAAUCAUUCACAAGAAUAGUCCAUUUUUUUACACAUCAGAGACAUUCAUAAGAGGCCAAAUACAGAAGAGCAUACAGCAAGAUGAACGUAUCACCAGACUAGAGGCUGAAAUGAAGAAACUCAAAAAGACACCGUCCGAUCUGUGUAAGUUCUUGUUAUUAAACACCAUAUUUCAGACUAGACGUCUGGUGCAAUGCUGUAGUAACUGUCAACAUUUAAACUUUCUGAAUCUUAUUUAUAUUACAGGUGCGGAAUCAGAUCAGAGCUCCAAGUGUCUGAGGAUUGUGCUGAUUGGAAAGACCGGUUGUGGAAAGAGCUCCUCUGGAAACACAAUUCUGGGACGUAAAGUCUUUAAAGCUGAGACCAACCCCAAAUCAGUCACAAAACAUUGUCAGAAAGAACAAUGUGAGGUGGACGAUCGUCCUGUUGCUGUGGUCGACACUCCUGGUCUGUUUGAUGACAGUUUGACCCAUGAAGAAAUUAAUGAGGAGACUUUAAAAUGUAUGAGCAUUCUGGCUCCAGGCCCACAUGUCUUCCUGCUGGUAUUACGGAUCGGGAGAUUGACACCAGAGGAGAAAGAGACGUUGAAAUUAAUAAAGGAAGGCUUUGGGAAAGAUGCAGAAAAGUUCACCAUCCUUCUUUUCACAAAUGGAGAUACACUGGAACAUGAUGAGCAGACAAUCGAAAGUUACAUAGAAAAAGAUAAAGAUUUCUUAGAGAAGCUGAUCUCUGACUGUGGAGGAAGAUACCAUGUGUUUAACAACCAUGAUAAACAGAACCGAACGCAGGUCAGUGAGCUGAUCAGAAAGAUCGACACCAUGGUGAAGCAAAAUGGAGGAAGCUGCUACACCAACGAGAUGCUGCAGGAGGCUGAAACUGCCAUCCGGAAAAAAGCUGAGAACAUCCUGAAGGAGACGGAAGAAGAAAUGAAACGAGAGAAGGAGGAGCUUAAAAGAAAAUAUGAUGAAGAAAUGCAAGAAAUGAAAAGAAAAAUGGAAGAACAAAAAGAAAAACUAAGACAGGAAGCAGACAAGAAAUUAAAGGAAAUGAAAGAACAUAUUGAUAAAGAGCAUAAACAGAGAGAGAAGGAGCAGGAAGAGAGAGAAAAGGAAAAGAGAAAAAGAGAAACAGAUGAAAAAACUCAUCGACAGAAUCUGAUAAGGCAUCUUGAAAUUCUAGAGAAACAAGUUCAGUCAGAAAAAGAGGACAAGAAGAGUGUCAACAGAGUGCUGGAAAUGAUCAGGAAAGAGAAGGAGAAAUAUAAGGAGGCUUGGGAAAAAGAACGCAGAGAAUGGUGGGAGAAACAAAAAGAAGAGGAGGAGAAGAGAAAACAGGAGGAGCAAAGGAAAAGGAGAGAACUUGAGGAGCAGUACAAGAAGGAAAUUGAAAGAUAUGAAGAGGAAAGAAAGAUGGAGGAACAGAUCAGAAGAGAACAGGAAGAAAAAGAACGAAAGAUUUUAGAAGAAAAACUGGAAGGACUUCAAAAGGAAUACGAAGAGAAAGCAAGAGAGGAAGCUGUCAAGUCAAACGAAUUCCAGGAGAAAUAUAAAAAGGAGUUUGAGGCUCAGAAGGAGGUUCAUGAGAAGCAAAUGAAGGACCAAGAUGAGAAGUAUGACCUGUUGAAGGUGCUGGCAGCACAUAAAGAAGCAGAAAAGAGGAAACGAUAUCAGGCAGAAAUGAAUAAUUUAGUGAAAUGUGUUUCAAAGAAGAAAGAAAAUCUGACAGAAGUCAAAGAUUUACUAGUGAAACAUGAGCAAGAAUUAAAUCAAAAGAAAACACAGGCAGAAAAAGAAGAACUGCAGAAAAAUCAUGAAACUGAAAUAAGUGAACCGGUGGAGAAACUUCUUAAAGCUGAGAGAAAAUGUUUGAUUUUAUGAGGAGAAUUUUUUGCCUCAGCUAAUCUGAAAAAUUGUUGUCUGUGCAUUUCUGAAAUAUCCAUGUGAACAUGAGACAAAUGUUCAUGGUAUCAAAGUUUGAUCAGUGUUGGGAAUUAGAGGUGUGGUAGGGCAGAGUGGGGUAAGAUAAGCUACUUUUACCUUUUCGUUCUUCAGGCAAAAUUAAAUGACACUCGAGUAAAAUGAAAACAUCUACUCAUAAUUGUGACUGUUGUCUAACAAAUUAAAAUACAAGAAUGAGUCUGCCACAAACAGCUAUGGCAAUAUAACAUCAGAAAAAAUGAUUCAAUUCAAUUCAGUUUUAUUUAUAUAGCGCCAAUUCACAACAAAUGUUGUCUCAAGGUUCUUCACAACAGUCAGGUUCAUACAUUCCAAUUAGUCCUAACCAUUGAACAGUGCAGUCAGUUAUUUAUUCAAAGUGGCUCAAUUUGCCCCAGGCCUGGGAUAAAUUGAUCCAUAUUACAGGGUAAAAUGACCCAUCUAUUUUUCUGGUCUGUUGUGGUGAAGAAAGAACUGAGCCAGAAAGCAGAGCUCUUCUGACCGUCACUUAUGGUCAUGAGAUACAGAUCAUGACCAUAAGAACAGGAUCCCGGAUACAAGUGGCCAAUACAUGAUUCCUUCAGAGGGUUGCUGGACUCAGCCUUAGAGACAGGGUAAGGAGCUCCUUAAUCCCACAAGGGCUCAAAGUAGAGCCUCAGCUUCUCCACCUCGAAACAUCGUGGUCAGCUGACGUGGUUCAGAUAUCUGAUUAGGAUGACCUCUAGUUGCCUCCCUUCUGAGGUUUUCCAGGCAUGUCCCACUGGGAGACCACGGGGAAGACCCAGAUGGAUAGAUGGAUGGAUGGAUGGAUGGAUGGAUGGAUGGAUGGAUGGAUGGAUGGAUGGAUGGAUGGAUGGAUGGAUGGAUGGAUGGGUAUCAUCAAACUUUUCUAAUCAAUGCAGUAUAGUAUGCAUUAUGUCCUGCAGACUAUACCUGCUUUGACCAUUAAUUGUCCAGUUGUUCAGGACAAGAAUGAUGUUUUUUUGUGGAAACUCAAAUGCCAACUCACGGCUCCUCUUUGGAGUAAGGCAACAUUUUGAAGUGGUCAGCCAGCUCUUUCUACAUCUCCAUCUCCACUGUAUAGACUCUAUUUGCUCUCUUGUUUCACUGUAGCCCAUUGCUUUCUGUGUUUUGACCUCACUAUGAACCCUUUGCGGUGUUGAUCUACCAAUGUUUCUGUCCAUUGCCACAUAUUUGAUGGAUUUCCAUCCUUGACAUCUGAAAGUGUUUUCUCCAUCUUCUCCAAGAUUGUUGAGCCCAAGUUGGACCUUCUCCUAUACAUUCUUAGCAUUUUUACAUUAUGCAAUUUGGAAAGAUAUGACUGACAGUUAUUAACUUUCAGCUGGGUAAAGUCAAACCAGUGGUUCAAUUUAACCCAUGACCUUUAGCUCACUUUGCCCCAUAGCCACCAUUUUGGACAAAAUGGUCCAGUUUAACUAAUAAAGUUGGGAAACCACCAACAUAUACCAUGUGCAACAAUAGCUAAAAGAAAUGUACCUUGAUGCAACUUUUAUUGAACACAAAACAUUAAGGAAAAAAUGGUUAUUUAUAGAAAAACAAUCUUACCACUUGUCACAUGAUGGUUGCCUUCUGAAAGCAAGGUCACCUGACCCCAGAAAAGCAUGGUUGCUAGGAUACAGGGGGUGGCUCAUCUUAUCCCACUCUCCUCUUCCUGUUCUGUUGAGUUCUUAAAAUAUAUUUGAAUCUAACCCUGGAGAAUGUUAUUGCCAUCUGCCAGCACAUUCAAGAAGAAGAAACAGCCUCUAUAAAUAGGACUGUCCAUUGGUGAGUGUGAGCCUGGCUGUGUUGCUCAAUGCCGUGUGGGGUGCAGAUCUUCUCCUGUGGGCUUCUCCCUGAUUCUGCUGAACCUGGUACACAGAGAAGCCCCAGGUAGAUGUGCUCACUUCCAGAGCCUUUAAAGAAAUGUGUCCAUUGUUGGAGAAAAUAUGAUGAUGAUAUGCAUCACCCAGAGCUGUCUUGUGCACUGUAACUGUACAAUAGAAAAGUUAUGUGAAUUUUCCUAAGAUUCUGAAGUGUCUGAUUUUCUUUUUAAUAGAAAGUGGAAAAAAUUGUGACUCAAGGCUUGUUUUUACUUCUAGGCAGUUAAAUAUGGGAUGCCAGUAAUGCAGGAAUUUGUUCUUGUUGUGUUGAGUUCGGGGCCCAGAGCAGAAUGGUCCAGGAUGGAGGAAACACAACAUCUGCCCUUAAAUCACAAUGGAAGCUGUCCUUCUAAAGUUUAACUAACUAUACAUAACAUUUUAUUUGUGUGUGUCUCAAAUUGCAUUCAUUCUCUUCAUUAUGUAUUAUUGAAUUAUUAUUUCAUCAUUACAGAUUUUCAUAAGAUCCAAACUGACAGUUGGAGCAAAUUAAAUUAGUGUUCUAAGGAUCCGCUGUAUUUCUGUGUAUAUUUGGCCACAGGUUUAGGAUCAGCCUGCUAAAACAUUGAAUGACGACUACUUUUCAGUUUUCUGCCAAUGGCCAACAGAUUUUUUAUUAAAAUGUGCUUUUCAAGGAGUUCAUGAACAAGGUUCCUUUGGAACAGGAACAGGCCUAAAGCAUUAGACAAUUUAACCCUUUCCAUGGUGGCCUCUUUAAUGUUUUUUUGCACCACUAGUGGCCUUUAUUUUUAUUAAAUUAUUUUGAAAAUAAGCUGACAUGAAAGGGGCGGAGAUAAGGAGAAGACAUGCUGCAAAGGUCGCCUGAACCGGGGGUGAACCGGUAACGACUGCUUCGAGGAAUGAAGCCUCUGAAUAUGUUUUUCCUUCUUUUAUUGUGUCUAAAAUUAAUGCAGAGGACAACUUACAACGAACAGGGUUAAGCAGAACAGAACUAAAUUUAGUUUUAUCAAGAGAUGUUUUUAUUUUCCGAGUUUCUAAUGAGUGAAGACUGUAAUGACAUGCCUUGUUAAACAAAAUAUAAUCAGAUUUUUGUUGCCUUAACACAAACUGAAACAUUGUAUGAUAGCUUUUAUCCUGAAGGAUGUUUUUUUUUGUGGACUUUUAGAUUAUUCUGAUUUUAUCUAAGAAAAUCUUUCUGACAUUAAUUAGGAGCAGCAUUUUAAUAUCAUCUGCUUACAGAAGUCAUUUUCUCCUGCUCAUGGACACCACAGAUCAGAAUCCUCUUGUGCAGGUUGUUGUUAGUCCAGAUUAUUAUUUCAAUGAAUUUCACAUUAGUUAUGUCUCAUUCUAAUAUAGAUACGUAUAUGAGUAACCAAUCACUAUUUUUACUCUGCUUAUUCUCUGUAUUACUAUGGUUUUAGUCAUUUACUUUUCAUUUAUAUGUAUGAUUGGAACAGUUAAAGUGUAUUAUUCCUCUAGUCAACGUGUUUUAAAUAUUUUAGAACAAUGAACAAAUGUUUACUCCUUUUUAUUAUUAACCAGCUUUUCUGCUUAGGUUAUCAGGUACUGUGCUUAUCUGCAAAGCAUGUUGUGUUCAUAAAGAUAGAAUUAAUGACAACCAUAAUAAAUAUAAAAAUAAGAUCAAAAA